CCUCCCUCAACCACACACACAGCUGAUACAGAAGUGCCAGACUCCUGCAAAUGGUGCAAAUCACAGAGGUCAGAGGCAAUGCCAGAGCCUCCCGCGUCGCCCUCCAUAGUCACAUCCGCGGCCUCGGCCUCAAUGAAGAAGGAAUCGCUGAAAAUGCCGCUGGAUUCGUCGGUCAAAAAGCAGCACGCGAAGCAUGUGGACUUGUCGUGGAUCUCGUCAAGUCGAAACGCAUGGCAGGUCGUGGUUUGCUGUUGACGGGUGGAUCGGGCACUGGCAAGACGGCGAUUGCACUUGCCAUUGCACAAGAAUUGGGACCUAAAGUGCCCUUCUGUCCGAUCGUUGGCUCAGAAGUCUACUCAACAGAGAUCAAAAAGACUGAAGUGCUCAUGGAGAACUUUCGUCGUGCCAUUGGACUGCGUGUACGGGAGACGAAGGAAAUUUACGAAGGCGAGGUCAUGGAGAUGAACGUCGAAGAGGCAGAAAAUCCUCUUGGUGGUUAUGGCAAGACUGUGGCUUCUGUCAUUGUAGGCCUCAAGACUUUCAAGGGUACGAAACAGCUCAAGCUCGAUCCUUCCAUCUACGAGAGCAUACAAAAGGAGAAUGUCAACAUUGGCGAUGUCAUUUACAUCGAGGCAAACACGGGCGCCGUGAAGCGUGUUGGCCGGUCUGAUGCGUAUGCUACUGAGUUUGACCUCGAAGCGGAGGAGUACGUGCCUGUUCCCAAGGGCGAAGUGCACAAGAAGAAGGAAGUCGUUCAAGACGUCACACUGCAUGACCUCGAUGUUGCGAAUGCCGCACCACAAGGCGGACAAGACAUCAUGAGUAUGAUGGGUCAGAUCAUGAAGCCAAAGAAGACGGAAAUUACAGACAAGCUGCGGCAAGAAAUCAACAAGAUUGUCAACAAGUACAUUGAACAAGGCAUUGCAGAACUCAUUCCUGGAGUCUUGUUUAUUGAUGAGGUGCACAUGCUCGACAUUGAAUGCUUCACAUACCUCAACAAGGCCCUCGAGUCAAGCAUCUCGCCAAUUGUCAUCUUUGCCUCUAACCGCGGCAUGUGCACCGUCAAGGGCACCGACGACAUCCAGAGCCCACACGGCGUUCCUGUCGAUCUACUCGACAGAUUGCUGAUUGUCCGGACCAUGCCAUACAACGCAGACGAGAUCCGCGUUGUCUUGCGUUCACGCGCACAUAUCGAGGGUUUAGUUGUCUCGGAUGCAGCGCUGGAUGCACUCACAAAGAAGGGUACACAGACAUCACUACGCCAUGCAAUCCAACUACUGACACCUGCGUCUAUCCUGAGCAAGAUUGGCGGCCGUGCAGAGAUCGGCACGGAGGAUGUUGGCGAAUGUGAGGGUCUGUUCUUGACGGCUAGGGAGAGUGCGCAAGUCGCCCAAGGGUCAAGUGGGUUCAUUGUAUAGCCUUGCUCUGUUGUACAUAAAGCCUUCUAUCUCAACUAGCUACGCCGG